AUGGCCGAGGUUAAGAAGAGACCAAUUUCUGUUUUAAUCGUUACAGAAUACUUUUUCCCUACAAUCGGCGGAGUUGAGCGCCACGUCUACAAACUAGCUGAAUACCUUAUAAAAUUUGGCCUGAAAGUCGUUAUUUUUACGAGAAAUUUUGGCAACAGAAGGGUAGGAAUAAGGUACCUGAGCAACGGAAUCAAGGUCUAUCAUCACUGGAAUGUCAUGUUCCUCCCUCCAUCAACCACUCCUACAUUUUUUGAUGCCUUUCCCUACUAUCGCAGUGUUUUAAUCAGAGAGAAUGUUGACAUAAUACAUAUGCACAUGGCUUCGAGUAGGUACAAGGGUGAAUUCGAGCUGUGUGCUAAUUUGUUGGAUUACAGAUUAAUUUUUACUGACCACAGCCUAUUUAGUAUGUGUGAUAUAGGUCCCGUGUUUCUAAACGAGUAUACGAGGAUGUUUUCAAUCUUCGAUGACCACAUGGUUGCAGUUUCAAACAAACACAGAGAAAACAUGGUUCUAAGAUCAUACAUAGAUCCGAGGAAAAUUUCCGUCGUCCCCAAUGCAUUGGAAUCAGAUGAUUUCAAGUGCAAUGAGGAGCCUCUCUUGAAGGAUAAAAUAGUAAUUGUGUACAUUAGUAGAUUAUGUGAACGGAAGGGAAUUGACUUACUGACUCAAGUUGUUCCAAUAGUUUGCAAAAAACACGAUAACGUUGAUUUUAUUAUCGGAGGUGGAGGACCUAAGUUAUCUAUGUUGAGAGGAAUGGUGGACAAGCAUUAUUUACACGACAGGGUUAAGAUUUUGGGUUAUAUCCCAACACAUGAAGUGAACAAGGUUCUGAGACAAGGACACAUUUUCCUCAACACAUCUCAAACUGAAUCUUUCUGUAUAGCUCUCUUGGAAGCUGCUUCCAGUGGACUAAUACUGGUAUCGACUGAUGUUGGCGGAAUUCCUGAAGUUUUACCUCAUGAUAUAAUUCUUCUCUCUGAAUACGAUCCAGUGGCAAUUUCUAAUAAAAUCGACGAGGCGAUUUCUAUGCUACAGACUGCUGAUACUUCCAGUUAUCACCAGAGGGUUAAGCAGAUGUAUUCGUGGGAAUCAGUAGCCAAGAAAACCUUGAUGUUAUAUUAUGAUGUUUUAAAUAAGCCGAGGAUGACAUUUCGUGAGAAGUUGUAUAAAUUAUUGAGGAAAAAGAAAAUCGGAGGUACUAAUAUACACACUCUAAUUCUGUUUAGAGUUCUUUCUUUCUAUUCUUUUGAUCACUUCAUACAUUUUUUGGGCCAUAUACGAGUACCUUUUCCCAAGGUAUUUCCUUACACUAUUAAAUACAAAAAUUUAACUAUGACAUUAGGAGUGAUAUUGAGCUGGCACCAGAUUGGUCUGAGAAGAAUCGAAAAAAUAAAAAAGACUAGAUAA